GCCGGCACUUACAGAAUACAGCGUCUAUGAGCGUUGGUCAGGGGUGCAAGUAUGAGAGCUCACUACUCGAGUGUCCGCCCCCUGGCGGCAGACGUGCCAACCGGCCGGGGCCGACCGUCCGCGCGCCGUCCGCUACUCCGCCCGGUCGCCCGCUCAGCCGCAGUCAGUGGGUCGCGCUCGCGCUGAGUGGGGUGUCGUCGCAGCUCCGCCGCUCUUCCGCACCGCGCUCCGUUCCGUCUCGUCUCGUCUCGGCUCGGCGCGGCAGGACCCGUGCAGGCGAGUCACUCCCGGUUGCCACGGGACAAAGGUGACGCAGCAGCGGCAGUCGCGGCGCGGCGGGGACAAAGGCAGCGCGCGUUCGUCACGCGAACAGUCACCAGCGUGACGUAGAAGUCAUGGCGGACGUGGAGGACGUUGGCCCAGAGCUGGUGAUGGACGUGGCGAACGCGACGGAGGCGGAGGACCGCAUCAUCCACUACCCCCGCGGCGCCACCAUCUUCGCCGCAGUGGCCUGCAUCAUCUUCAUCGUUGUCGGCAUUGCCGGCAACUUGAUCACCAUCAUCGCGCUGUCUCGCUCCAUCAAACUGCGGGUUCACGCCACCACUGCGUUCGUAGUGAGCCUGUGUCUCUCGGACCUGCUGUUCUGCUCCAUAAACCUACCGCUCACAGCCUCCAGGUACAUAACAGAGAGCUGGAUGCUGGGGGAGACAGCGUGUCGCAUCUUCCCCUUCUUCUUCUACGGAAAUGUUGCGGCGUCGCUCUUCAACAUGGUCGCCAUCACGCUCAACCGAUACAUCCUCAUCGGCCAUAACCAGCUGUACAACAAGAUCUACCGCUUCCCCUGCAUCGUUGCCAUGGUCCUGGCCGUGUGGAUCUUCAGCUUCGCCAUGAUGAUGCCUCCGCUGCUGGAGGUCUGGGGCAGGCUGGGACUCAACGAGCGCACCUUCUCCUGUACCAUUCUCAAGAAGGACGGCAAGUCGCCCAAGAAGAUGUUGUUCGCCAUCGGUAUUCUCAUCCCGUGUGUCAUCAUCAUCACUUGCUACACUCUCAUCUUCAUCAAGGUCCGACGCAGCCGGCGUGCUAUCCGAGGACACAGUAUGCACGGAACCAGAGGUUCGGCCAACAUCACCGUACAGCAUGGACAGCAGAAAGAUGCCGCGGCCAGGAAGGAGGACCUGCGCAUCACCAAGAUGAUGGCCACCAUCUUCUUCGCCUUCCUGGCCUGCUUCUUCCCGCUGAUGCUGGUCAACGUGUUUGACGACGAUGAUGUUCGCUACCCGACUCUACACGUCAUCGCCUCAGUGCUGGCCUGGAUGUCAUCUGUCAUCAACCCCUUCAUCUACGCCUUCUCAAACCGUAACUACCGCAAGGCCUACCGACAGCUGCUCUGCGGCAAACGACGUCCUUCUAGCACGCACAGCGCCGCCUCGCGCUCGGCCAGUUCGAGAACCUUCUUCACAGACGUGUUCCAGUUCAAUGCCAAGGCUGAGAGCCUCGUACAGAAGAACGGCAGGCGUCAAGACAAGUAAGCAGCGGAUAUGGAGGAUGAAGUGGAAGUGAAGAGGAGAGACGGGGAGAUGAGGAAGAGUGGAGAGAGGGAGGGAGGAGGGGAGAGGUGAGGAGCAAGCACCAGCCGCCGACGCCCGGUAGGUACAAAGUGCGCGUGGCCGCUCUGCCGUCUCUGCCGGCGUCAGACUGUGGCGGAAAACCAGUGGCGAUGCGGCGUGAGAGAGUGAGAAAACUGUGAGCGAGUGAGAGGACUGUGAGCGAGUAAGAGAGUGUGCUGUGCGCGGAUUUUGGAGGUGGCAACGCUGGAGUCGAGGGCGAAACGGAUGGACGUGGAAGCUCAGCAGGCUGUCGCGCGGAUUAUCGGUGAAUUUGUGAGGAAAUGUGAGUACAUAUGGUGAGAAUGUGCUUGUAAAGUGCAUAUGUUUGUGGUGUGUGAUGACUGUACAGUUUUCGGUAUAAAGUGUGACACAUUCGGUCGAUCCAUGCUGACGCUGCCAAUAGUUUUACACCGUGGCGACUUAUAGGUUUGUAUGCGUUGGAAUAUGGAGAUCUCGCCACUUUGGAGUUUCACGUCUUCCCACUCACUAGUUUGCAUGAGCAUGCUGUGUAUGGCGCGGAAGAGAUAAAGCUGCUAGAUGUUGCCUCUAAUUAUGUUUUUAAGCAUUAAGUGUUAUUUGCACUAUCAACUUUGUAUGCCAUGGCACAUGGAGACCACCAGCACAUGUUGGCAAGCGUUAUUGCCCCACGCAUCUCAUGUUUGUGGUAAUAUGGCGACAAGAGUGAGGUUUAGCAUGCCAUUAGCUGAGCCUAUUUUUAGUGAUAGUUUACGGUUAUAGUAGUCUCUGCUAUAGGUUUAGGGGGAGCAUGUCUAAUGCUUUAUUUAUUUUUAUUUUUGGCCUUUUUUCCGUUACCGGUAGGUUUGUAACUACUGAAAGUAUUUUAAAUUUGCAGACAUCAGAGUUGCAUAUUUUUGCCAAUUUUUGAUACGGUUCGAGCUUUUAUGUGCCUAUCGGCUUUCGUCCUUUUCUGAUUUAUUAAGAUUGUUUUUACAUUGAAAUGUCAUUGAUGACAAACGGGUGUUAACAGCGUUUCUUCGAUGGAUGUAACUCGUUGGAAAAUGGCGUUUUUUCGGUCCCCGCUCACCGUCUGUUCCCAACUGUAUUAUUUGUUGUUGAAAAGAGUGUCUUGUUUUAAUGUGAAGCUGCACAACGUCUAACAACCAAUGUAUUUGUGACGAUUUUAGAGUUCCCGCAAUGCGUUCCUCGCCAUAUUUUGAAGCUGCUGUGCCCUGCUGCUGGUCGGUGCAUUGAUUUGAAUAGAAUGUCGUAAAUUGGACUAGUAUUGUAGGUAUGUUGGAUGGUUCUGGAGAUAACCGCGAGGUUCAGUCUGUGUUUUGGCUGUCCGCAAGUGGCUUGCUUAAUAAACGGAAAACGUUU